AUGAGAGACUCUCCUGCAAAAGAUGAACUUCAGGCAAACGUACAGAGACCCAGAGAACUAAAGAAGAUCCUCGACCUGCGUGAGACCGAGGAGGAGUCGGAGAAGAUGGGAUCCAGAGGGAGCGAGCAGCAGGGAAGCAAAGAAAGCCAGGAGGAUAAGACAAACAGCAGCAGCAGCAGGAACAUGGAGAACCCGCUCAGACUCCAACAUCAAGACGUAAUGAGAGACUCACCUGCAGAAAAGGAACUUCAGGUGAAAAUAGAGAAACCCAGAGAAGAGAAGAAGAUCCUCGACCUGCGUGAGACCGAGGAGGAGUUGGAGAAGAUGAGAGUUCUGCUUCUGCAGCUGGAAAUGAUCCAAGAAAUUGAGAGGGUCUUGAGACGGAGAGGAGACUCAGAGAAGAGGGGAUACAGGGAGAGCAGGCAGGAGGAAAGCAGGAAAGAGAGAGAAUCCACACCAGAGGAGAAGCGCUACGACCCGAACGAUCCGACUCUGAUCAUCGUGGAUGAAGAAGAUCAACUAGACUUUGAGUUGGACAACUUUCAGUCUCCCAGAGCUCUGAUGUCUUGUGGUCACGUCGUCACCCCGACGUCUCUCACCAACUGGUGCCGCCGGCAGCUGGACCAGGGAGACAGAGUCUUUGUGUGUGGGAUGCCUGACUGUGAUGUUGAGUGGUCCUAUGAGGAGGUCCGUCGAAUGGCUCUUCUGACCACUGAAGAAAUUGACUACUUUGAAAACAAAUUAUUCAAUAACAUCAAGGACUUAUUCAACGUCAAAUCAUGUCCUGGCUGCAAAUCCACAGCAACAAGGAGUGAUUUGACCAACCUCUGUGUUAAGUGCACAGUGUGCACCAAUGACCGCGGAAGACCUUUCUUCUUCUGCUGGCAGUGCCUGAGAGAGUGGCGAGGCCCGUCGCCACGUACAGACUGCUGUGACAACAAAGACUGCUUCAAUAAGCCCCUGGAGACUCUGAAGAACUGUCCAGACAUGACCUUCUUAGACGUGAAGGGGGUCACCGGCUGCCCCUCCAUCCGGGCCUGUCCCUCCUGUGGCUUCCUGCUGGGUCACGACAAAGCCAGGUGCAAAUUCUUGGCUUGUGCUCGAUGCAGGGAGGUUUUCUGCUUCGUGUGUCUGAAGAACAAAAAUAUCUGCUGGAAGACAAGUAACGCUUAUAACCUUUGUUCCAGUGGCGUGGCCCCAAGACAGACCUCCAUACCUGAAGUGGGAAAAUUGCUUAGAUUAAGUUCUGCUCGUGAUCCAGCUCUCAGUAAUCUUCCGGAGAUUUAGCUCUGUCCGCCAAUGUCAGUUGAUCCAUAUAUUGAACAUGACACUUUCAACAAAAUGCUGCAUUUAAU